CACGUCUCCGGUGCCAAAACCGAAGCUUUGAUCCAUUCCAUCCUGCAAGAUCCAAAGAACCGUCUAGCUCUAUCAGCACUCUCGACAGCGAACCCAGCCAAAGUCCUCGAGAAACCUUCGGCCAUUCUCAAAGACACGCAAGCCUUCAAUGUCGCCAUUCCCUUCGAGGGUUCUCCCGUCACGAACCAGCGCAGCUCGGGAAGAUGCUGGAUCUUCGCCGCUACAAACGUCUUCCGUGUUGCCAUUAUGAAGAAGUACAACAUUGAGAAGUUCGAACUCAGCCAGGCGUACCUGUUCUUCUGGGACAAGGUCGAGAAGAGCAACUUCUUCCUCGAAAGUAUCCUGGAGACUGCGGAUCUGCCUGUCGAUGAUCGUCUUGUUUCGACCUUGAUGGACUCACCUGUUAAUGACGGUGGCCAGUGGUCAAUGAUCCAGAACUUGGUUGAGAAGUAUGGAUUGGUGCCGCAAACGCUGUACCCAGACUCCCACAAUGCUAAGAACUCGUCUGUUAUGGACCGUCUUCUGACGACUAAGCUGAGAGAAAGUGCAUUGCGAUUGAGAGCACUCAAAAAAUCUAGCUCUAGUACUGCAGAGACUACUGUAGCCGCAGCCAAAGAGCAGAUGAUGCAGGACAUCAUCAGGAUCCUUACGCUCACUCUGGGUCGCCCUCCUUCGUCAUACACCAAGUUUACCUGGGAGUUUUACGACAAGGCUGGCAAGCUAAAGACAGUGAAGAUGUCGCCUAAAGACUUUGCCAGUAGUCUGAACGACACUCACGGACUGCGAGCCCUGGGUGGCACUGAUGUCCACAGCUUGUUCAGUCUGGUCAAUGAUCCUCGCAACGAGUACAACAGACUGCUGACUGUAGACUUCCUUACCAACGUGUCGGGAGGCAGAUAUGUUACCUAUGUGAACGUUGACAAGCCAAUCUGGAAGAAGGGUGCCAUUGAGAUGCUCAAGAAGGGCUGGCCAGUCUUCUUCGGAUCCGACGUAGGCAAAUUCAGCGACUCCUCACUAGGCAUCAUGGACACUGAUCUCGUCGAUUACGAGCUCGGCUUCAACAUCAAGUUGGGUAUGUCCAAAGCUGAGAGACUCAUGUCUGGCGAGAGCGCAAUGACCCAUGCGAUGGUGUUGACUGCGGUACACCUAUCACCUUCCGGGGAACCAAUACGUUGGCGUGUAGAGAACUCCUGGAGCGAGGAUGCUGGAACCGAUGGGUACUUUGUCAUGUCUGACAAGUGGAUGGACGAGUUCUGUUACCAAGUUGUCGUUGACCCUAGCUGUGUCAGCCAAGAAGUUAGGGAUAUACUGAAGCAGGACCCGAAGGUGUUGGACUUGUGGGACCCCAUGGGUGUCUUGGCAUAG